ACAACCUAAGUUGUUGCUCAACGCCAAUGUCCAACCACCUUCAUGCAAGUGUAUCCCUCCUCCUUCAUUCACUGCACCCGCCCCACGGUACCUUUCCCUUCCCGAUUGAUGCAACAUUCCGCGUUUAUUUGCUCCUCGCCAUCUUUCCCUUCCAGUUCUCAUAACUCUUCAAACCCUAACCCCUAGUCCCUCAUAACAUGAUGGAAAUCAAGUUUUCUUCCUCCCCCCACUUCACUCCAAGAUUCCCUAUCAGGUUCAGGUCCGAUCGACCGACCCCUCCGGUGCUCCGGAAUCUCUACCCAAGCAUAAUCUCCAACAAAACCUCGGACUCAUCAACCCCCUUUCUUCCGCUUUGCAUCCGAACGAUCCCUGAUUGGGCCGAUGCCAUCCAGGAGCGCGGUGAGCGGAAGCGGCGGCCCCUCUACACCCCCGAGGACUGGCGUGCCCAUCGGAGCUCACUCCGUCACAUAAGGCACCUGCUCUCUAGCUUAUCUUCUCGCGUCAUCCUCUCCCUCGUCCCGCCCGUCUCUGUCUUCACCUCCUUUGCCGCGGUUUUGACGGUUUACAACUCCGCGGUGGCCCUUCGGUGGCUGCCGGAAUUCUUCCCGCUACUGCAUGCGUCGUCGCUGCCCUAUCAGCUCACGGCGUCUGCGUUGGCGUUGCUUUUGGUAUUCAGAACGGAGGCGUCGUACUCCAGGUUUGUGGAGGGCAGGAAGGUGUGGAUGAGCAUUAUCGCUGAUUCCAGCGAGAUGGCGGGGAUUGUGAUAUCUAGUAUGGCUAGGGCUAGAAGUGGCGCAGAGGAAGUGGGGAUUAAGAGGGCACUCUUGAAUUACAUAAUGGCAUUUCCAGUUGCUCUUAAGUGCCAUGUCCUUGGUAGCUCAGAUAUCAAAGUAGACCUGCAGAAUUUGCUAGAAGAGGAUGAUCUCGCUGUUAUUUGUCAUUCAAAGCACCAGCCUCGUUGUGUUAUUGAGUUUAUCACACAAAGCCUUCAAAUGGUUUCUAUGGAGGAAGCUAAACGAACUGCCUUGGAGUCUAAAAUAUCUUCUUUUUAUAAUGGCAUCAGUGUUUGUGAGCAAAUUAUUGGCAUUCCAAUCCCCUUAUCUUACACUCGUUUGACGUCGAGGUUUCUAGUAUUUUGGCAUUUCUCUCUUCCAAUUGUACUUUGGGAUGACUGCAAUUGGAUUGUAAUUCCAGCUACCUUCAUUAGUGCAGCCUCCUUGUUUUGCAUUGAGGAAGUCGGAGUUCUGAUCGAGGAGCCAUUCCCCAUGCUUUCACUGGAUGAACUCUGCAAGCAAUUCAACGAUACCAUCCAAGAAGCCAUUAAAAUUGAGAGAUCAGUUCAUGCGCGCCUUACUGCAAAGCUGAAGGGCCACCACGCCGUCCAUUCCACAAAUGGCCGCCUCAUCUCCUGAGCAACCACAUGCCACAAUCACCUAAAACCCAGAACUGCUAUUUCUACCAAGAUUACCGAGCUGUCUUACUCGCAGCCAGGAGCGAAUAUUAUGUGCAUCAUAUACAUGUACAUACUGGCGGUAUUGAGAUAGUAUUGGGGUGAUAUUCACUACAAUACCACUCCAGUAUCGCUUCAAUACUACCAAUCUGCACUUAUUCACCACCCAAUAUGUCAGCAUCUAAUGUCACUUUAGUGCUAAAGCAAGAGAA